AUGUUUGCAGUCUGGAUCGCUACUCUUCUCCUUCUUGAUGCAGCCACAGGAAGGGAAGUGUGCUACGAAAGGCUUGGAUGCUUUACCGAUGAUCCCCCUUGGUCUGGGAUCCCUGGCAGAGAACUGACAGGCUUGCCCAGCCCUCCAGCAGCUGUGAACACCAAUUUCCUCCUUUACACUAGAGACAACACCAUGAAAUACCAAAAAAUUUCUCCUUCAAAUCCUUCAACUAUCAAAGCUUCAAAUUUUCGAGCACACAGAAAAACUCGCUUCAUUAUACAUGGCCAUCUUGGUGGAGCGGACCUCCCCUGGAUAUCAAACAUGUGCAGGCUCAUGUUUCAUGUUGAAGAUGUAAACUGCAUUUUGAUUGACUGGACAGGUGGCUCCAGUGGCUUGUACACCGAAGCAGUUAACAAUGUCCGCAUCGUGGGGGCUGAGCUCGUGUACCUUGUGAACCUUCUUGAGAAAGACUACGGCUACUCUCCCGCCAACAUUCACUUCAUUGGCCAUAGCCUUGGAGCACAUGCUGCAGGGGAGGCAGGGAGACGGAAACCUGGCAUUGGAAGAAUAACAGGUUUGGAUCCAGCUGGGCCUCUUUUCCAGUAUACUCCUAACAAGGUUAGGCUGGAUCCUUCCGAUGCAAAAUUUGUUGAUGUAAUUCAUACUCACGCUGGUCACCUCUUCUUUGACUUUGCUCCUGGGAUUCUUCAGACUUGUGGCCACCUGGAUUUUUACCCAAAUGGUGGGAAGAAAAUGCCAGGAUGCAAGCAGCUUCGAGUACCUCCCGCAGCUCGGGAUAUCAAUGACCUUAUGAGAGCAUAUAGAUCUAUUGGAUGUGGACAUAAAAGAAGCCUCCGGUAUUAUGCUGAAAGUAUUAUCACUCCAAAUGGAUUUCUUGGCUACCAGUGUGAAACAUACCGAGAUUUUAUAUUGGGAGCAUGCUUCCCGUGCCGAAAGGAAAGAUGCCCGCUGAUGGGUCAUUAUGCCGAUAUGUUUCCUUAUAAAACAGAGAAAGAACAGCAAAAGGUUUAUUUAAACACAGGGGCCUUCCCCCCAUAUUCUCGCUGGCGAAAAGAGAUAUGUGUCAGACUAUCUGCAACAGAAACUAUGAAGGGAAAUAUAGAUGUAGCCUUGACUGGUACUAAUGGGAUCAGGAGAAAAUAUACAAUUGACAAGGGAACUUUCAAGCCAGGCAAUACAUACUUGAACUAUAUCGAUACAGAAAUUUCUGGGAACAUUUCGAAAGUCGAGUUUCUCUGGAAGAAGCAUCUAGGUCAGGUACACAGAGGCUGCAUGGGAGCUGACGAAGUCACAGUAAUAUCUGGGGACGAUGGAAAUGUGUCUGUGUUCUGUGGCCAGGGGUCUGUGCAGCCAAACAAAUGGCAAACCCUGAUGCCUUGCUAG